AUGAUAGAAAGAAUACGGGAUCUAAUAGCCAGUUGGAACGGAAAUAAAUUUAUUUUGAAAUGGCGUAUAUGUGACGUAAUAUCUUUGGUCAUUAUAAUCGUACUGAAUUUUAUUUUCCACAGAGCUAAACCGUUCCAAAGACAGUUCACCAUUAACGAUCCAACAUUAUCACAUCCCCUUGUCGAGAUAGAACGAGUCUCAGGAACAAUGUGCUGGGUUUAUGCCAUGUUUAUUCCUUUUGGAUUUAUCGGGAUCGUGUGUCUCGUCGUGACGGAACGACAAAGUGCAGCCCACAUGGCCUUUAUCUCGUUGUUGGGAUUAACUAGUUCUGUGUUCACGACAUCCUUUAUCACUGGAAUACUGAAAGGCUGGAUAGGAAGAUGUCGUCCAGAUUUUUUAGAGCGUUGUUUGCCAUCGGAGACAGCGCUGGAGGGCGUGUGGUAUGAAGCUCCUGACGUUUGUACCACCGACGACUUGGCAGCAUUGUAUGAUGGAUUCAAAACCACUCCUUCUGGUCAUUCUUCGGUUUCAUUUGCCGGCCUCUCCUACAGUGCGUUUUGGCUUGCAGGGCAGCUAGGUGCAGGGGUUGAAGGCAGUGAUACUUGGAAGUCAUGGGUGUCUAGCAUGCCCCUUUUUGGCGCAUGCUACAUCGCACUAUCAAGAACUCAAGACUACAGGCAUCAUUUUGUUGAUGUGAUCAUUGGGGCAAUUAUAGGCAUCGUGUUUGCUUAUACAUAUUAUAGAAAGUACUUCCCUGGCUUGCGGAGUGAAGUCUCCAAUAUCCCAAUGAUCUUAGAACAAUUCAAAAAUACUGAUCCAUCCACUCUCGAGGAGGAAGCUCCUGACUUUGAACUCCAAGAACUACCCUGA